AUGGAUGAAAUUUUAAGUAUACAAGAACCGAUCAUUUUUGAUGAAUCGAUUGCCCAUUGUGAGUUACAUGCUCAUCAGCCUUACGGCUCUUCAACAUUCAAUAACAACGAUGAAAUCCGGAUUGGAAUUCAACAUCAAGAUUUAUGUGUACUACCAAGUAAAAGUUCACUACAUAUUACUGGACGAUUUCUUACAAGUGACGGAAAAUCUGUGCCAAAAACAACUUCAUUGGUACGAAUGGCAAUAGCACACAUGUUUGAAGAAAUUCGCUAUGAGAUAAAUGCAAUUGAAAUUGAUCGGAGCAAAAAUGUUGGUCUUACGACUCUAAUGAAAGGAUAUAUUUCCUUAAGUCCAAAUCAAAAAUCAUUAUUGGAGAAUGCCAGAUGGUUAAUGUCUGAUGAAGAAUCAUUAUUCGAUUCGAAAGGUUAUUUUGAUAUAUCAAUACCACUGAGUCUGCUGCUAGGAUUUGCUGAAGAUUAUAAAAAAAUAAUUAUCAAUGCAAAACAUGAACUCAUCCUAAUAAGAGCAAAUAGUGAUGUGAAUGCCUGCCUACAAGAACAACCUGCGAAAGGAAAAAUGUCUGAUAAGCAGAAAAUUCAACUUUUAAAUUACAUUGCCAAGGAUCCAUCCAUAGCAAUCAGUUUUCGUACAUGGGAAUUGUACGAGUAUCCACUAUUACCUGCAACUACAAAACAAAAUUGGAGUGUGAAAACAUCAACACAAUUGGAAAAACCGAGAUACAUAAUUUUAGGCUUCCAAACAGGACGAAAAAACUCUGUAACAAACAAUUCAAGUGUUUUUGAUCAUUGUAACUUGCGUGAUGUUAAGCUGUUUUUAAAUUCACAAUCAUAUCCUUAUGGAAAUUUAAAUAUUGAUUUUGCUCAUAAUCAAUUCUCAUUAUUAUAUGAUAUGUUUGCAUAUUUUCAAGCUUCCUACUAUUACACAGAAACACCACAACCAUUAUUUACAAGACAAAAAUUUUUGGAAGAAGCUCCACUUAUUGUCAUAGAUUGUUCAAAGCAAAAUGAAUUUUUAAAAUCUGGACCAGUAGAUAUUCGACUUGAAUUUGAAUCAACAACACAAUUUCCAGCUCAAACAUCAGCUUAUUGUUUGAUUUUACAUGAUCGAAUUGUUGAAUAUAAUCCAAUUAGUGGUUCAGUACGCAAGCUCGUUUAA